UUGUUAUACCAACAGGUCUUCUAACAGAAGAGCAGUGUAAAUCUAAAAGGCAAAGAAAAAUGGUGAAACAACAGCUCACCAAACCACAGCCACAGCCAAGUAAUGAAGGAAGUAACAGUUUUGAAAAUAAUCCAUCGUCCCAAUCAGAACCAGCGAUAGAUCUUACUGAUGAGCAAAAAGAAAUCAUUGUUAAAAUUACCCAAGCUCAAAGAGAGUUGGAAAUUCCUGGACCUGAUGACAUGCGUAAAGUCACUCCGUGGCCUGAAGAGCAGUCACAACUGACAGAAGGGGAGAAACUCCACAUGAGAUUUGCGCAUAUUACAGAACUCACCAUUCUUACUGUGCAGCUUGUUGUGGAAUUCAGUAAACGGUUGCCAGGAUUUAUUGAUCUUAAUCGAGAAGAUCAAAUUGUAUUGCUGAAAGGUUCAGCAAUAGAAGUUUUAUUGUUGCGUGCAGCCAUGAGGUACAUCAAAGAAGACGAUGCCAUAGUGUUCGGCAAUGGCUUACCUUACUCUAGAGACACAUUGUGCGAUGGUGGUAUUGGCGAUAUUGUGGAUCCAAUGUAUGAGUUUUCAAGGGGUAUGGUUGAUCUGGAUUUAGAUUACGGUGAUUUCACUGUACUCAUGGCUAUUGUCAUUUUUUCUGCUGAUCGAGCUCAGCUUACUGAUCGUGAAAGUGUAGAAAAGAUUCAAGAAAAGUAUCUUGAGAUGUUACGCACUAGAUUGAAGAUGAGACGACCCAAUGAUGCACUGGUCCUUCCCAAAGUACUCAUGAAGCUUACAGAAUUAAGGAGUCUCAACAACAGUCAUUCAGAAAUGCUGUUUGCGCUCAAGCUACAGGACCAGAAAAUACCCCCUCUACUGGCAGAGAUUUGGGACGUCCAAUGAAGGGACGAAGUUUCACCCUUAUAAACUGAAUGAAGUGAUCCAUUUUGAGUAGUCUAUAUUGACUUAAUAAUUCAUUGAAUUAUGUGGUGUGAGGUGAUAUACAGAAAUACAAAAUACAGCGCCCUCUAGUGGCAAUUUUUCAAAAUAUAGUGCCCUCUAGUGGUGAUACUUUAAAAUAUAAUGCAUUGAAUAUAUUGCCCAUCUCCCACACCACCAAAAUGGAAUCAGCAUAUAGGGGUGAAGCUUUAUCCGAGAAGAAUGGUAAAAAAAACGAACUAUUUUCUUUCAAUCUUAGUAGCGAUUUAUGCUUUCUGUUCAUUUUAACUAUUGCACAGACACUGACUUGUAAACAUUGAGUCUGUUAGAGCUAGGUCUUACUAUAGAUCAGCUAUCUGUUUCAGGUAUAUAAUGCAACUAUGAUAUUGAGGCAGGGUUAUAAUUUGGCUAGGAAUCGAUGCUUUUGACAUCAUGAUGAGUGAUAUUAUUCCUAAAUACCUCUUAUUUUCAUAUAUGUCCUAAAGCAUGUCAAUUUUACAAGCUUAUUUUAGUAGAAUCUCAGUAAUUAGUUUGAACCAUGUUACGUACAUAGUCUCAAUUAUCAUAAUUUUCAUGUACCGGUAAUAUGUGUACUAAAAUACUAAGUAGAUAUCCUUGUUUUUUGUCAGCUAUAAUAUUCAUUGAAUGCAAAAUGUUGCUUGUAUAAUAUCAGCUAUUAUUUUUGUGCUAAACUCAACAUUUUUUCACCAGAAUUUAGAUCGAUACCUGUCUGUAUGCAACAAAAAAUUAUGUCCA